GUGAGGCUCUACUCUCGGUACUGCACGAGGAUGAGUCCAGUUUAUUUUUAGAGGGUUUGUUUGUGGUCACUGGUAGUGAAUCUGAUCGAUUACUGUGUCGCAAGUUGUAUAAAAGCAAAAGACUCUGCAGGCAAGCUCUAUUCAGUUUAUAAGAGUCAUCACAAACAAUCAACUCAGAACACAAGCACUUCGAAUAACAUCUCCAUCCACAUCUAACCUAAACUCACUACUAAAUCAACUCUUCCCAAACAAUCUUUGAGAACCCAAUUUUUUUCAACUCUCUUCAAAAUGCUCUCCCUCUUCAAGCUCUCCCUUGCCCCCCUCGCCGUCACCCAGCUCGCGGCCGCCCAAGCCCCGGUAACAAAGCUGCCCACCGAGCUCGAGCGCCGUGACAACGGUUGUGCGCUCUCCGGCGUCAUCAACGGGCAGUGUGGUCGCUUCUACAGCGGUGCGGGCUGCAACGACAUGGUCACACAGAUCAACCCCAACUGCGAGGGUAAAUGCCACUCUUUCCCAAAUGGCAUCCGCAGCGUCAAGGCCGCUGGUGAUGGAACCCGUGGCACCGACUGCGAGCUGUACGAGGACGAAAACUGUGAGACAAAGUGGGCCAUGGGACGGACUGGAAACUCCAUCUUCAAGCAAAAGUGUCACACUGCAUCCAACGAUAGGGUCGCAAAGAGCGUCAAGUGUUGGUUUGCCUGCAAGUGAUUGACACAGAGCUGGCAUCAUUGAUGAGUUUUGUCACGUUUUAUUGAUUUACUGGGUAACUGAGGUGUUUUUGCAUUGGAGCCUUUAGAUUUGAGCAUUGCCUGGAGUUUUCUUUUCGUUUUCCCUUGGUUGUUUGGUCUGUCUUUGAGAAUAAAUCAAAAGUAGUCGCGACUUGCAACGAAUUAUGGCAGAAUAUAUCAACUUUUCCCAGCAA